CCUGUUCACGCGUCUAGAAAACAAAACGCACGCGAGGGUGCGGGGACCGUUAUCUGCGACACGGACUUUUACAACUCCCAUUCUUUCUCUCCAACCUUCGAACAAGUUCUUAUGAGACGUUUGAAAUGAUCUUUUUAAAGACUUUGCGACUGUACAAUGCCGGGGUCAUGGGGUUACUGUCGAAAGACUUCGUAAAGAACAGCGCGGUGUCUCUGAAUGACAGAGUGGCGAGAAGAUCGGUGUGCGUAUCAACGCGGACACGCGCGAGGAGCGAGAGUCUCGCGCCUGCAGCCGCAGAUUCACCUGCCAGAAACAUGACUGGUAAAGAUUUAUUCUCUGGUCUGGAGGACAUGCUUUUCUACACCAUAACUCAAGGAGUAGAUCAAAUUCCUGUAUCUCACUUCAUCGCCACCCUGAAAAGCACCGGCCUUCUUACCUCAGACCCCAGACUGCGCGACUGCAUAUUAAAGAUCCGUCAGGCUGUCCGGGAGUCUUCCGGAGAGGCCAUGAUGGACCGUGAGCUGUUCCGAAAGUGUGUGGGGGGCAACAUUGUUCUGCUGAGUCUGGCUUUCAGGCGGAAGUUCAUCAUUCCUGAAUUUGAGGCGUUUGUGAGCAUCAUCAAUCAGAUUUACGACAGCUGUACAAAGCAAGAAGAUGGACAGGUGGCAAAGUACAUUCCUCAUCUCACCAAGUUUAGUCCUGAUCUAUGGGGCGUCUCUCUCUGCACAGUAGAUGGGCAAAGGCAUUCAGUCGGCGACACAAAAGUGCCGUUUUGCUUGCAGUCGUGCAUGAAGCCGCUGGAAUACGCCAUCGCUGUGCACGAGCACGGGACGGAUGGGGUUCACCGAUAUGUGGGGAAGGAGCCGAGCGGAUUCACAUUCAACAAACUCUCUCUGGAUGAGGAUGAUAAACCUCACAACCCCAUGGUCAACGCUGGUGCGAUUGUCAUCAGUUCUCUUAUCAAGCCUGGUGUCAACAAGGCCGAGAAGUUUGACUAUGUGAUGGAGUUUGUGAAGAAAAUGACCGGCACAGAGUAUGUGGGCUUCAGCAAUGCAUCGUUCCAGUCAGAGAAAGAGACCGGAGACAGAAACUUUGCAAUAGGAUACUACCUCAAAGAGAAGAAGUGUUUUCCUCCCGGGGCGGACAUGAUAGAUGCUCUCGACUUUUACUUUCAGCUGUGCUCCAUUGAGGUCACGUGCGAGUCCAGCAGCGUGAUGGCGGCGACAUUGGCCAACGGAGGCAUCUGUCCAAUCACGGGAGAGAGAGUCCUAAGUACAGAAGCCGUACGGAACACGCUCAGUCUCAUGCACUCGUGCGGGAUGUACGAUUACUCCGGACAGUUUGCAUUUCACGUGGGGUUACCUGCAAAGUCAGGCGUGUCGGGUGCAGUGCUGCUGGUGGUGCCGAACGUGAUGGGCGUCAUGUGUUGGUCGCCCCCUCUGGACAAAGUCGGUAACAGCGUCCGCGGAAUCCGCUUCUGUCAGGAGCUGGUGUCGUUGUUCAACUUCCACAAUUAUGACAAUCUGAGGCACUUUGUAAAGAAGCAGGACCCUCGCAGACAGUCCGGUGACGACAGGAACAAGUCAGUGGUGAAUCUGAUGUUUGCCGCCCACAGUGGAGAUGUUUCCGCUUUGAGGAGGUUUGCUCUCUCAUCUAUGGAUAUGGGACUGAAGGACUAUGACGCUCGCACGCCUCUCCAUGUGGCUUCUGCAGAAGGUCAAGUAGAAGUUGUGUUAUUUCUGACAAAGGCCUGCCGAGUCAACCCCUUUGUGAAAGACCGGUGGGGAAACAUUCCUCGCGAUGACGCCAUGCAGUUCGGCCACACGGACGUGGUGAAGAUAUUAGAGGAAUAUGAGCAGAACUUCAGUCCAGAGACUUCUCAGAGUGACGCAGGUGAAGGCAACAGUCAUUCCAAUCUGACGUCUGUAGAAGGAAGAGUGUGAUUCGCUGGAAUUCCUUCAGACUCAAAGACUGUUGUGCUAUCACAUUAAUGGAAACCUAUCACUACAGAGAAACAAAAGUGCGGUGUAUUUUGCUUUGUAAAUAUGAGAUUGCUGUAAAUAAAUUGUGUUAUAUUCAUCUUAUUGAUU